GAUCAAGUGAAAAAUUGUUUUAAAACGUUCGGUGUAAAAUUUGCAAUAAAAUUGUGCAAUAACAUACAAAUAUCUUGAUAAUUUACUUUAAACGCACAGCCAGUUCCCUCUCCGUGGGUGCCAGGAAACUGUUUGGUUGUUGUGACAUUUUGGCAACAUAAAACGCAAUGGCGCCACAGAUGACGCCAUUUUCGCAGCUCGACAAAAUGGCGACGACAAUGACGCUCGCAUCCAAAGCGGAAAUACUCUGGCUCUGCCGAAUACUGCUGCUUUGCUUUUGCAUUGGCGCCGCCGCUACUAGAGACAUUCCAUCAUCAUCAUCGCUAUCGUCAUCGUCAGUCUAUGCACGUUCCGCCCAUGAUGACGACGAUGUUGCCUUUUAUUGCCCAGAGGAAGGUCUAUUCCCAGACGACUAUGACUGCCGGCUCUACUAUCGCUGCGAAAAGCUCUCCGAGCACUACAUCAAGCCAUACAUGUUUGCCUGCAAGGAAGGAACAGUCUUUUCGCGUACUCUCCAAUUGUGCAUGCCGCCUAUGCUGGCCGGACGUGGCGAGUGCUCCUACUACACAAACUACAUCAAUGAAAUUGACGAUAGCCAGCUGCAGUCGGAUGGGCUCGUCUCUAACCCAAAUGGACAUAUUGCGGAGCCAAACAACGACGCAACAACUGCUGCCCUUGAGCUGCACACUUACGCCACAGAGAAUCAGUUGCCCACCAACUAUGGAUUGACAGGACUGAGUGGUGUUCAAGUCAUAUCCUUUUCGAGCACUUCAUCUCUGCGCUCAGCUGAUGAUGAAGGUGUGUUCUGCAAUGCUGAUGGAUUUAUGAGUGAUCCUAGCGAUUGCACCGUAUUCUAUCGCUGCAUCUCCAAUGGACGUGGCUACAAUAAAAUCGGCUUUCGCUGCUCGGAUGGCACGGCUUGGGAUGAAUCCCUGCAGUCUUGCAAUCAUAUAAUCGUAGUGCGCUCUAAUGGUGGUUGUCGUAUGCAGAAUGAUCCACUGAACGAUGUUUACGCGGAUCAAACUUCUACACAGUCAUCGCAAUCGAGCUUCCAAAAUACAACUUCGUCCUCGUCCAGUAGCAAUCAACAGAGCUCCUCUACAAGUUCCUCAACGUCCUCUUCCAGUUCUUCAUCUUCUAGUACUUCGCAAACUUCAACAAGUUCGACAAAUCAACAGGAGUCAAGCUCGAGUUCAAGCUCAAAUCAAGAGUCGUCGACAUCGAGUAGCAAUCAGCAGUCUACAUCCAGCUCAAGUUCAAGCAACACGGAGACUUCAACAAACCAAAACUCUGGCAGUAAUCAGUCCUCAAGCAGUAACCAAAGCUCGAGCAGCUCAAGUACUGGUGGCUCGAGCAAUCAAAGUGCAAACAAUAAUCAUAAUCAAAGCUCGAAUAAUCAAGAUCAAAAUCAAAGCUCCAGCAGCAAUCAAUCUUCAAGUGGCAGCCAAAACAGCCAAACGACUAAUAAUAACCAAAAUUCGGAAAGCAAUCAAUCUUCGAACGCUUCCAACAAUCAAACAAACCAGAACACUAGUACACCUGAUUCUACAAAAUGCGAGGAUGAGAACACCUAUAUACCAGAUAAAAGCGAUUGCAAAAAGUUUUACAGAUGUCGGUUAGAUGAUAAUGGAGUAUUAGAAAAGGUACCGUUUACAUGUGGACCUGGCACUAUUUGGAGCCAAGUGGAGCGAGUUUGUAUUCUCCCCAGCGAAGAGCAGAAAAAACAAUGCAAUGUGCAGACAAGUCAUCAAAAUGCCAACAAUUCCUCUGAACAAUCAGCCACCAAUAGCAACGAAAAUUCGAAUGGUCAGUCCAGUAGUUCCACCUCUACCAACAACAAUAAUAGCAGCAAUACAUCCAGCAGUCAACAAGAAUCAUCAACAUCAAGUAGCAACCAAUCUUCCAGCAGUCAACAAAAUUCAUCGACUAAUUCAUCAUCAAAUUCUGCAACAGAAAAUACAAAUAAUGAAAAUUUAACCACCUCAACUUCAAAUAUAAGUCAAGGUUCAACCACAACUUCUAAGCCUUUAAAUCCCGAAGGAGAAUGUCAAGAUACAGAAACAUAUUUGUCAGACGCAAGGGACUGCGCCAUUUUCUAUCGUUGUGUGGAUAACGGCAACGGUGGAUUUGAUAAAGUUUCUUUUGAUUGCCCACCUGGAACAGUUUGGGAUCCAAAUUCAAAGGGCUGCAACCAUCCAACAGACGUGCAAAAGGAGCAAUGCAAGGCUAUGGGCAAUGGCACCGCGACUUCUUCAAAUCAAAGUUCUUCCAAUCAAGGCUCUUCAUCAAACCAAGGUUCUUCUUCUAACCAAGGAUCUUCGUCAAACCAAGGAUCUUCGACAAACCAAGGGUCGUCGUCAAACCAAGGAUCUUCGUCAAACCAAGGAUCUUCAUCUAACCAAGGCUCUUCAUCAAACCAAGGGUCUUCAUCUAAUCAAGGAUCUUCAUCAAACCAAGGAUCUUCAUCAAGUCAAAGCUCUUCGUCAAACCAAGGAUCUUCGACUAACCAAGGAUCUUCGUCUAACCAAGGCUCUUCAUCUAAUCAAGGCUCUUCAUCUAAUCAAGGAUCUUCGUCUAACCAAGAAUCGUCUUCGAAUCAAGGCUCUUCGUCUAACCAGGGAUCUUCAUCUAACCAAGGCUCUUCAUCAAACCAAGGAUCUUCGUCUAACCAAGGAUCUUCAUCUAACCAAGGCUCUUCAUCUAAUCAAGGCUCUUCAUCUAAUCAAGGAGCUUCGUCUAACCAAGAAUCUUCUUCGAAUCAAGGCACUUCGUCUAACCAGGGAUCUUCAUCUAACCAAGGCUCUUCAUCAAACCAAGGAUCUUCGUCUAACCAAGGAUCUUCAUCUAACCAAGGCUCUUCAUCUAAUCAAGGCUCUUCAUCUAAUCAAGGAGCUUCGUCUAACCAAGAAUCUUCUUCGAAUCAAGGCUCUUCGUCUAGCCAGGGAUCUUCGACUAACCAAGGAUCUUCGUCAAGCCAAGGAUCUUCGACUAACCAAGGAUCUUCGUCAAACCAAGGAUCGUCGUCUAACCAAGGCUCUUCAUCUAAUCAAGCAUCUUCGUCUAACCAAGAAUCUUCUUCGAGUCAAGGCUCUUCGUCUAACCAAGGUUCUUCAUCAAAUCAAGGAUCUUCGUCUAACCAAGGCUCUUCAUCUAAUCAAGGCUCUUCAUCCAAUCAAGGAUCUUCGUCUAUCCAAGAAUCUUCGUCUAACCAAGGUUCUUCAUCAAAUCAAGGAUCUUCGUCUAACCAAGGCUCUUCAUCUAAUCAAGGAUCUUCGUCUAACCAAGAAUCUUCUUCAAACCAAGGAUCUUCGUCUAACCAGGGAUCUUCAUCAAACCAAGGCUCUUCGUCAAACCACGGAUCUUCAACUAACCAAGGAUCUUCGUCAAACCAAGGAUCUUCGACUAACCAAGGAUCUUCGUCAAACCAAGGAUCUUCGUCUAACCAAGGCUCUUCAUCUAAUCAAGGCUCUUCAUCUAAUCAAGGAUCUUCGUCGAACCAAGAAUCUUCUUCGAAUCAAGGAUCUUCAUCGAACCAAGAAUCUACAUCUAACCAAGGAUCUUCGUCAAAUCAAGGCUCUUCGUCAAACCAAGGAUCUUCAUCUAACCAAAGCUCCUCAACAAACCAGGGAACUACUCAAAAGCCCUUUAAGCCAGCUGAGAAAUGUGAAAGUGAGGAGACAUUCUUGGCUGACAACGAUAAUUGCUCCAAAUUCUAUCGCUGUGUUGAUGAUGGCAAAGGCGGUUUUGUGAAAGUUUCAUUUACUUGCCCACCAAACACAAUUUGGCAUCCGAAUGCUAACAGCUGUGACCAUCCAGCACAAGUUGAUUCACAAAACUUGAAGUGCAAGAAAGGUAACACUAAUCAGAGUACUACCAGCUCGACUAGCAGUAAUGAACAAUCUUCAACGACUUCUUCAACGACUUCGACUACACUUGAGGAAACAACGACAUCAGUUACCUCGAGUACAUCGUCUAGUCCCAGUAAUGUUGGAUCUAGCUCUUCUCCAAAACCCUCCGGUAAGUGUAGAGUAAUUGGAGAGUUUGUGGGAGAUCAAGAAGAUUGUGCUAAGUUUUAUCGAUGCGUUGAUAACGGUAGAGGAGGCUUCAACCAAGUUGCCUUCUCAUGCGGUCCAGGAACUGUGUGGGAUGCUCAGAUAUUGGCCUGUAAUCAUGCAUGGGCCGUCAAAGAUAAAAGCUGCGGAAACGGAGCAACAACUCAACGUCCAGUUGCUCCAAAUAGUACGCCAACUCAAGCUUCUACUCAAAAUAAUUCGCAAUCGGACAGGCCAACAACUACAAGACCUUUAACUACAAUCCCGUCUACACAAACACCUUCUUCUCCAAGCUCAUCGACUAGUAAGAAACCUUCCACUCAAAUGCCUGCUAUGAAACCUACAACUCAAAAACCAAAUGGCAAAGAUGAAUGUCAGUCCGACGGCUUCAUAGGCGACUCUAGCAAUUGUGCCAAAUUCUAUCGGUGCGUUAGCAAUGGUAAAGGUGGCUUCGACCAGAUUCCAUUCCAUUGUGCGGCUGGAACAGUUUGGGAUCAAAGCCUUCAAACCUGUAAUCACGAUUUCAACAAUUGCAAUCCCAUUAGCGCUGGUAAUACGACCACUGAGUCUGACAAGGGUCCUUGUGACAACACAAACUCAACCUUACCGCCAACUACAGAUCCCAAUACAACAAUCCGUCCAACCGAAAGCGGCACGGAGUCCACAACUGAAUCGCAACAAACAAGUGCAUCACAGCCUACAACUACAAUAUGGACUACAACUUCCAGACCAACUACAACUGAAUCACAGCCUAUAACUACAAUGUGGACAACAACAGCCAGACCACCCACGACCGAAACUCAACCUACAACCACAAUAUGGACGACGACCAUUGAACCGUCGUCAACAAACGAUCCAUAUCCAAGUCCUACAACCAUGAAUCCUCCAACAACUUCCACUCCAGUGCCCAAUUUACCACCAGGCACUGAAUGUAAGGGAGAAGGAUUCAUGGCUGAUCCAUACAAUUGUCGAAAGUUCUACCGCUGUCUAAGAAAUGGAGAUUCUUUCUCAAAACAUCAAUUUAUGUGUGCUAAAAAUACAGCUUGGAACGAAGAUAUACAAACUUGUGAUCACGCCGCAAACGUUCCGCGUUGCUCUGGUCAAACUGAAACUCCUGUUAUGACCCUGCCUACAGAAAGUCCUCAGCAGUCAACUACCCCACCAAAUGAGAAACCAACUAAUCCCACAACGACUGAAUAUCCAACUAAACCCACAACCACCGAAUAUCCAGAAAAGCCAACCGAAUCACCAACAAAGCCUACCACUGAAUAUCCAAAACCCACAACUGAAAAUCCAACAAAACCUACCAGUGAAUAUCCAACAAAACCCACAACCACAGAAUAUCCCAUGGAAUCAACAGACACUCCCGGCACUGCAACCAAACCUACCACUGAAUAUCCAAAACCCACCACUGAAUAUCCAACAAAACCUACAACCACAGAAUAUCCAACAAAACCCACAACCACAGAAUAUCCGAUAAAGCCAACAGACACUACCGCCACUGCAACCAAACCUACCACUGAAUAUCCAAAACCCACCACUGAAAAUCCAACAAAACCCACAACCACAGAAUAUCCUACAAAACCAACAGACCCUCCCGGCACUGCUUCGACCACUGAAUAUUAUCCUGAAACAACUGGAAUCACAACAACAUCGAAGCCAGGAUAUAUGCCCACUACGACUGAAUCCAAUCCCAGUUCUACAGUGGAGCCAAAUAUCAACUUCAACUGCACUAGUGAAGGUUUUCAUGCUGAUCCCCAGAAUUGCAGCAUUUAUUACCGGUGUACAAAACUAAAUAACAGUUUCCAAGUGUAUAAGUUCCGUUGUCCAAGUGGCACCGUUUGGGAUUCGUCAGUGGAGACUUGCAACUAUGCAGAUCAGGUCGCCGGUAAUUGCUCCUCAGGAAGUAUUCCUACAACAACAUCCAGUGAAAUAACCACACAAUGGACAGAAUCCCCCACAACUACCAUGCAGCCAGUGACUACAAAUAGACCCGAAACUACAACUAUCCCGUCUAUUACAACAAAUCGGCCGGGCGAAACUACAACAAGUAUAUCCGAAACUACAACUAUUUCGAUUGGCUCUACAAUUCGCCCAAUUGAAACUACAACUACAAUUACUGAAGCAACUGAAGCAAACACGGAGGGACAGACGACCACAACACAGCUCCCACCCCAGCCUCAACCUUCAGGCAACUCAACUAUCCCAUGUCCUCAAAUUAGCGAAGAACAAAGUUUAUUUGUGUGCCCGUCGGGCUUCCGUCGACAUCCCAAGCAAUGCAGCAUGUUCUACCAGUGCAAUGAAAACGACAACUCCAAUCUUAACAUAGUGAUGUUCCAAUGCCCCAACGGCACUGUAUAUCAAGAAGCAUCCUGUCGAUGCGCCAAACCCCAGCCCAACGACACCUGUGGCAACAAGAGUUCGUCACGUACGCAACCAAUUGAAGGAGUAACACAUCCAGCAAACAUGGUGCAAAUACAUUCCACAAUGCCACUUUGCCCUGAGGAGGGACACUUUGCCCUAAACCAAGAUGAGUGCAGCCAGGUGUUCAUAAAAUGCAGCUACUUUGCUCAGACCGGUCGCAUUGAGGGUCAAAUUAAUCGCUGUCCGCAAGGGUUCACCUACUGGAAUGUGAGUCGACGUUGCGAACCAUCAAGAAAACUGACCAACUGCACUCCGGUCACUUAUAAUGUUGGCAACAGCGUCCCCUUGGAGUGGGUGAACCUUGGAUACAGACGUCGCAGCAUGCGUGUCUAGAAUCCUUACGUAUAGGAUAAGUUUAGUGACUACACGAAAAG